AUUAAUCCGUGAUAAUUCUUCCAAUUUCUAAAAUUUUGUUAGAAAAUAUUAUUUUUUUAUGUUUGCUUGAAAACAAGUAGGUAAUUAUUCAUAUUUUUAUAUAUUUAAUAAAUUAUUUUGUAUCUUUUUUUUAUAAAAAUAUAAAUAAACACAGUAGUUUAAUAUUAAUACUGUACAAAUUAAAUUAGAUAUUGCUACAUGUUAUAAACAGCAGUCAGGAAAAUUGAUAUACAUCUAGUUGAGAGCUACAAGCCGUUUUAGAUUCCGGGCAUAGCGGGAGACCUAUUGGUUUUACUAAGAUACUUAUUUUUUUUCUUUGUUCUUUGUUCUAGAGUCUUUAGACACGUUUUUUACUAGUAAACUUGCUCCGAUUUUUACGUGUAACAAUGAUGGUACUUUGGAGAGGUUUUUUUUGAUUUUCGACGUCAUUUUUUAUAUAAAUCACUUAUCGGACGACUUUAUUUAAUUAAUAAAUGUUAUGAAAUCAAAUUUAAAUGAAAAUCGCAAAAAAAAUUAUGUAUUGCCAAACUGCACUCAGAAUCGUCUUUCGUCAAGCAAUGGUUUAUUAUUGCUUACAGAUAUAAAUAAAAUAACCUUAUGUAUCCUACCUACCCAACUUUUCACCUACAACUGUAUCAGCUCUUUUUUUAUUUUUUAUUUAUUAAUAUUUUUUACAGUUUUUUUAAAAUAUAUAUGAAAUAUCUGAUUACCGGUAGUUUUUGAUUCAUAAUAAAAUAGUUAUCGAUUUAUAAAUCAUUAACAAUAUUCAAUGUGUAUGUACUUGCAAAUUUGAAAUUAAUAUGUGAUAAGUAAUGAAUAAUAUUAAAACCAACUGGAAACUAGAUAAUUUUGCAUUCAACUAUGUAUUCUAAUGAAGGAUAGAUCAAACUUUUGAAUGUUUCCAAAAAUUCAUUAGUUUAGAAUAGUCAAAAAUUAUUUUUACUUUUUUCAUAAUAUUUUAUUCUAAAUGUAUAGGUCAUUCAAGUUUUAAUGCAUAUUACUUUAUUACUGUGAACAAAUAUUAAUGGGAUUACUGUGUUUUGUAGUUUUACAUUUCCUUGUGACUUACUAGACAUGGUUUUUCAUAACAUUUAGGAAUCUAUUGCAACUUUUGUGAAGUCACAAUUAGUCCCAAACAUCAGAAUAAUUUUUGUAUCCAAAAUGGAUGUAUUGUUUUUAUUAUUGUCCACUCAUAAAAAAAAUAUCUACAAAUUAAAAAAAAUAUCUACAAAUUAAAAAAAAUUGGGUAUAUUUAGAAAAAUGAAUUUUAUAAUUUCAGUAUUGUUAUGUGAUCAUUAGAAAAGUAAAAUUAUUAUACAAUCAAUCAAAAAUUUUAUGUUUUCAGGUUAAUUUAAAAUGAAAAUAUUAUUGGCUUAUAAAAGACCUCUUUUGGUGUGCUUAUUAAAGAAUCGCAAGCUAAUAACAAAAUGUAAUUCUCACAGUUAUCACCAACAAAGAAAUAUGAGUCAUAUAACACAACGAAGAAUGAACAAUAACCCUUUAUUUAGAAUACACAAUUUGCAAAUGUCUAGGAAUUUUUCAGUUGUGCGUGUAUUAAGUUCCGUUUUAAAACUACGAUAUUUAGUUGGUGGUAGUGCAGUUGGUGGUGCUAUAACUUUCUCAAAAGUAUGUAAUAUGUUCAUCAAAAUGUAAUUAUUUAAUUUACAAUAACCACUUUUUUUUUCUUACUUCUUACAUAUAAAUAAAAUGUAAUGUUAUAGAAAUUUCAAGAAUGGAAAGAUUCAUUACCAGAUUUAAGUUGGUUAGAAGAUAUUUUACCGAACAAUGACCAAAUUAAUAACAUUCAAAACCAAUUGAAAACAGUUUUUGAUAAUUUGAAGGAUAUUAAUUUUGGUAAGAUCCUAAAAUGUGUUGUUUUUACAGUGGAAGAACUUAAAUGUGUUUAAGAGUUAGUAUCUAGUACUUAGACUGUAAAAACAGUUCGUCUUGUAUGUUAUAGACUCUUCACAAACUAUUGAAAAAUUGGAAAAAUUUAAGGGAUGGCUAGAGUAUCAUAUUGAUGAGGCGUAUAAAGAUGCUGAAAUAAGUGAUUCUGAAGCCUCAUGUGAGUUUUUUUUUAUUUGUGAGAGAAAAACAAUUUUAUAUCUUAAUUUUCAAAUAUGUUUAAUAAUUAGUCAGUAUUAAAAAUAGACAUAUUUUUUAUGUUUUGCUAAUUAUUUUAAUUAUUUAUAAUUGUAUUAUAUUAUAAAAAAUUGUUUGUAUGGUUGGUCAAAUNGUCGGGAAAUUAAUAUCAGGAAUAAUCAUAAUAUAUUUCACCAAAUAUAUUAUAUAUAAUUCCUGUGUUUAAAUAUUAAAUAAUAAUUAUUAUUUUUAUGGAAAUAUAUUCUAUUUGCAACUUUUAUGUUUUUAAAUUUUUAAGUAUAACAUUAAGAGUUUUCAAAAUAAAAUCUAAAUGAAUGAAUUAAAAAAAAAAAAAAAUAAUAGUAUUUAAUAUAAAUAACAAACUCACAAUAAUUACUUUUCCCUUUGUAAUUAGUAAUGUAUAAAUAUAUAUUUUUUUUUUUUCAUAGCUGAAUUAGUCGAAUGUAUCACUCCCAAUAAUGUAACAGCUGCUGUACCAACAUCUAACGAUUUAAAACAGAAAUUAGGUCAGGAUAUUUUUAAUAAACUUAUAUAUAUAUAUAUUUUGAAUUAGCAGUUUGUUAAGUAACUUUUAAAGUGAUUAUAUUAUAAUAGAAAUACUGCAAAAAGAAAACAUGGAAAUACAAUUAAAGUAUCAAAAAGAAUUGGAAAAACUAGAAAAAGAGAUUAAAGAAUUACGAAAAACACUUAUGUUAAAAAAUAAUCAAAAAAUGAAUAUGAGGAAAGUCAAAGUAAUUAAAAACUACAUUGGUUAAUAUUUUAUACAUGGUACCAGUAAUGUAUUUAUUUGAAUAGAAAUCACUGAUAGAUAUGUACUCUGAACUGCUGGAUGAAUUAAAUGAUUACGAUUCAAGCUACCAAACUCAAGAUCAUUUACCUAGAGUAGUUGUAAUUGGGGAUCAAAGUUCUGGAAAGACAUCAGUAUUAGAAAUGAUAGCCCAAGCAAGAAUAUUUCCAAGGUAGUAUAAAAUGCCUAUAGUUCGACGUGUUAGUACACUUAAAUAUAUUUUCAGAGGAGCUGGAGAAAUGAUGACUAGAGCACCUGUUAAAGUUACCCUGAGUGAAGGCCCAUAUCAUAUAGCACAAUUUAAAGACAGUGCUAGAGAAUUUGACUUGACAAAAGAAUCGGAAUUGGCUGAACUCAGAAAAGAAGUAAUAACAACUUUUAAUUAUUUAUUUGAUAUAAUUACUUUAAUAUUGUCUUAAUUUAUCUUAAACUGAAUGAAUAGAUAGAAAUUCGAAUGAAAAACAGUGUAAGCCGUGGAAACACUGUAAGUAAUGAAGUGAUAUCUAUGACAGUCCGUGGUCCUGGACUUCCACGAAUGGUGCUUGUUGAUCUACCUGGUAUCAUAAGUGUAAAUUGAAACUAUUAUUUGGUAAUAUUACAACUAAUCGGUAGGUAAUUCAUAUAUUGUGAAUUUUAUUUAUUAGAUUGCAACCCAAGGCAUGGCACCUGACACAAAGGAAUGUAUUCGUCAAAUGUCUACGUUAUAUAUGUCUAAUCCAAAUGCAAUCAUCCUUUGUAUUCAAGACGGAUCUGUUGAUGCAGAGAGAAGUAAUGUCACAGAUUUGGUGUCUCAAAUUGAUCAACUAGGUCGUCGUACCAUAUUGGUGUUAACAAAAGUUGAUUUAGCUGAAAAAAAUAUGGCCAAUUCUGAUAGAGUAUGUAAAAGAUACUCAUUAAAAUUUAAUUUAAUUUCCUAAAAAGUGGAAUAGUUUUGUAUUUUAUCUUUUUUUAGAUAAACAAAAUCCUCAGUGGUAGUCUAUUUCCUAUGAAAGCAUUGGGAUAUUUUGCUGUUGUAACAGGCAAAGGCAACCAAGAUGAUAGCAUAGAAAGUAUCAAAGAAUAUGAAGACAAAUUCUUCAGGAAUUCAAAACUUUUUAGGUAUAGCAUAAUAUUCUUAUUGAUUAUUUUUUGUUCAUCACAAUGUUUAUCAAUAUUCUGUAGAGAGUCCAUUGGCAUUUCGUCACAAUUGACAACACGUAACUUGAGUAUGGCUGUUGCAGACUGCUUUUGGAAGAUGGUACGUGAAACUGUAGAACAACAAGCAGAUUCUUUUAAAGCAACCAGAUAUAAUUUGGAAACUGAGUGGAAGAAUAAUUUCCCCAGGUUUUUUAUUUUUAUACAAGACUUAGCCUUUUUAAAUUAUGCAGAGAAACUAAAAUUAUUAAUUGAUUUCAAGGUAUUUGGAACUGGAUAGAGAUGAACUGUUUGAAAAAGCUCGUGGAGAAAUUUUAAAUGAAGUAGUUAAUCUUAGUUUAGUGUCUGUCAAAGAUUGGGAAGAUAAACUAAGUACUGAAUUGUGGAAAGGAAUUUCCCACUAUAUAUUUGAAAACAUUUAUUUGCCUGCAGGUUAUUCAGUGAAUCAAACUAAUAGUACUGGUAAUAAAAAUGGGAUUGUAGUAAAACAAUACACAAAUCAUAAUUAUUUAGUUUUGAACUUAAAUCAGAUUUGUAUAGGUAGUUGAUUUUAAUAUUAUUGUUUAGCAAGUUUCAAUACAAUGGUUGAUAUUAAAUUGAAGCAGUGGGCUGAGGAGCAGUUGCCUAGAAAAUCAAUUAAUAUUGGCUGGAGUGUAUUAAAAAAUAUGUUCAGAACAAUGUUUAAAGAAAACCAAAAACUCAAAGCAUCUGACGAAAUUUUGGAAACGUUAAAAAUGGCUGUUAUUGAUGAAGCUUUAGAAAAGCAUGCUUGGGAAGAUAAGGUAAAUUAUUUUUAUUGAUUUUUGUUUAAUAUCAUUGUUGAUUUAUAUAAAUUGAUUAGGCAUUAGAAAUGUUACGAAUGAUUCAAUUGAAUACUCUGGAAGAUAGAUGUAUAAAAGAAAAACAUCAUUGGGACGAAGCAGCACAAUUUCUAAUAAGUAGCUUGGAACAAAAUUUUAAAGUAAGUAAUUUUUUUAUUGUAUUUAAAACUGUAAACAUAAUUUGGGAUAUUUGUUUUAAUUAUUCAGGCAGCUGAAGAAUCUCUGAGAGAAAUGGUUGGUCCUUCUAAUUACGAAAAAUGGAUGUAUUGGCAGAGUUCAACAUCUGAACAAGCCAAAAGAUACAAUAUCAAAUAUGAAUUGGAAAAUCUACUGCACUCUAAUCCUGUAAUUGAAUAUUUUAAUUAUUUAUAAUUUAAAUAUUAAUAUUAAUACAGAGUUAUUUUGUUUAGAAUCAUAGUAAUCUACUUAGUAAAGAUGAACAGAUUACUAUUAGUAACAACUUAAAACAGAAAAAUGGUACACCGUGUGAACUUGACGAUAUAUGGCAAACAUGGUAUUUAGUAUAUAGACGUCACUAUUUCAAAACGGCUCUGGAUAAUGCACAAAUGAUUAAAAAACAAUUUUACCACUAUCAAGAAGCAAAUGGCUUACAGGUAUACAAGAUAAUCUAUUUAAGUGAAUACACUCAUUAUCUUGAAAAGUAUACAUUUUUUUAAAAUAAUUUAAGUAACAAGCAGUUCUAAAAUGUACAUUACCAUUAUUAUUUUUAAGAGUGAAACAACUAUCUACUUUUGAAUUUCAAAUGACAACAAAGUCAUCUUAAUUGUUAUUUUUAAGGUUUAUUUUUUUUUUAUUAUUAUAAUUUAAGAAGAAAAUGUGCAACUAUACUAAUAUGCACAAGUAAAAAUGAUAAUAGAGAAAAAAUAGAUUGAAAAACAUGAAAAUGGUAUGAUGUAAGAAGGCACUUAGUAGAGCUGAAUAAUUUGAAUAUUUGUAAUUUAAUCUAAUUUUUAAAGGCGAUCUCUACACAAUUUUCUUUUUAACUUCUUAAGAGGGUUUUCGGGAAUAUAGUUUGAAGAUAUAUGAAUUAUAUUAGAUUCUGUAUAAACUUUUUAGAUGUUAAAAAUAUUAAAUUAAUAACCGCAGUUAUUAGUGAUUGUUGAAAAUUUCAUAACCAUAAUUUAUUUCAAUUAAUACUUUUUAAUUAAUCUCUUUAUGAAAUGUAUAGUAUAUGUAACAAUUUGAAAUUCAAAAGUAGGUAAUCAUUUCACCCCCAAAAAUAAUGGAAAUGCACAUUUUAAAGCUGCUUGUUACUCAAAUUGUUUAAAAAAAUUAAUAUUUUCUGAGUUAAUGAAUAUACUCACUUAAAUGGAUAACUUUAAAAUAUUUAUUUACAUUAUUAUUGAAUAAAAAUAAUUCAAGUAUUUACUGCUAAGUAUUUUUAUAAACUCGAUAUAAUCUCCAAUUUAAAUUAUUUAAAUUUAGGUGCAGCGCUCUCAAAAUUUUACAAAUUUUUAAACCACACUUUUAAUUUGCCCCAAAACUAAAAAUUAUUCAUAAUAAACCACAUGUAACCAUUUAAUAUAAUAAAGAGUUCAGAGACCUACCUAGAUUAAAAAAAGGAGGCUCAUACUAAUUACAAAAUAGUAAAUAUCUAAUAUUUAUUCAGAUUUUUUAAAAAAUUUCAGAUUUACGAAAAAAAUGUUUAAAAACUAUUUAUCUUAUAAUGAUUUGCCUCACAUACAGACAAAUCAUACUUUGAAAAUUUAAAAUAAUAUUAACCUUAAUAAUAAAUCUUUAGAAAUAUGUAAAAACUCUUUAAGUUCAAUAAAUCGAGUAUUCCAUCUUUAGUUAUAUUGGAUGGUAUUGUUGCUGAUAAUAUUGAGAAUACUUCUAAAUUGUUUGCAAAUUAUUUUUCCUUUGUAUAUUCUGACAAUAAAGUUAUUACUGGUCAACACGAAAUACCGUAUGCAAAAUAUUAUCCUAAUCUUAUCUUAAUAUCAUGUAAUAUUUCUGAAAUAGAAAUGCUAUAAAAAUUUGGCUCUCUAAGAGAUGAAACAGGAGUUGGACCAGACAGUUUAUUUCCUGUAUUUUUAUAAUCAUGUCUCUGUACUUAUCAAUCCUCUUCUUUACUUAUUCAAUCUAUCCCUCGACCAGAGUAUUCCCAAAUUUUUGGAAAAAUUGUUUUUACAUCUACCAUUAAAUCUGUUGAUAAACAUAACGUUAGGAACUAUAGAUCUAUCUCUAAAUUAUCAAUUAUACCAAAAGUGUUAAAAGCGAUAAUCACUAAAAAGCUAUCUAAUUUACUGUUUAAAAAUAUAACUAUCCACAAACACUGUUUUCUUUUAAAACACUAAACAAACAAAUGUAUUAUUAUUCUAAAAUUUCCUAACAAAAUCCUUAGAUAAGGGAUAUUAAGGUGUAGAUACCAUUUAUACUGAUUUUCAAAAAGCUUUUGACAAAGUAAAUACAUUAUGCUAUAAACUUAAAACUUUUGAAUUUGGAAGAAAUUUUCUAAAUUGGUUUUACUCACCUCGGGACACUAGGGACUUAAAUUUAUUCGUAGUUCCUAAUUAUAAUACCAAAAGUGGAAAUAAUACAUUUUUUUUUCAAGAGCUUUUGUUUUAUCUAAUAAGAUUUUCACUAAAUUAGGUUUUUUUUGUACUUUGCUACAAUAUAUUUAGAUUUAAGGCUUUAGAGUUAAUACAAUUAUUACAUUAAUAUUAAUUUUGAUAUAAUAGUAUUUAUAUUUGUAUUUUAGACUUACUAUCAAAAUAUUAUAGCAGUUAUUAAAAUGGCAUUUGCCCGUAUAGAUUUAUGUAUAUAACAAUAUAAUAUAUUAUUAUGACUGUUUAGAGUGAAUAUUAUGAAAUUGAAAUGUUUUGGAGAAUUACACACAUGAUUAAACAGACUGCCAAUGUACUAAGACAACAAAUUACCAAUAGAGAAGGUAUUAUUUAAUAAAGAUAGAUAAAUAAAAAUUUUUUAUAUAUAUAUAUAUAUAUAUAUAUGUGUGUAUAUAUUAUACCUUAGUGAAACGUUUGCACCGAGAAAUAAAAGACGUUUUGGAUGAUUAUAGUCAAAGUCACGAUAUGAAAUGCAAAUUAUUGACUGGCCGUCGCGUAACUUUAGUUGAAGAACUCAGUAAGUAUUGAAAAAUGUUAUGAAAUAAGGAUUUUGAAAUUGUAUGUUUGUUUUUUAGAUAAAGUUAAGCAAAUCCAAGAGAGAUUAGAGGACUUUAUACAAGCAUUAAACAAAGAAAAAUAAUGUUAUUGUUUACCAUAAUUCUUAAAUUAGAUUUGUCUCUUAUAAACAUUUUGACUCAUUUUAUAUUCGUGUAUUUUGUUUGUUAGAAAUUUCAACUGUUUAAAUAGAAUUUGCAAUUGCCUAUGUAUAUUAUAUGAUUGUUUUAAAUAAUUUUGCUAAUGUUAUUUAUUUUUAACUGUAUAUUAUUAAUAAUUUUAAUAGUAGAGAUGAUACAGGAAAAAAAAUUAUAUAGCUAUAUUUUGUUUGUAUGUUUGUAUAUAUGUUUAAUGUUUAUAGUAUAGAAUUCCCCAGAUUAAAUUACUGAUAGUAAUAAUAAUGUUAAUAGUUUUACAUUUAUUCGUUGGUAACAAGAUAUUCAAUAUGAAUUUAACAUUUAGUUAAUAGUAUUUAAAAACAUUAAACAGGUUUUACUGUAUCUACUUUUAUAUUUUAUGUAUACAAAAUUGUUUCUUAUUUUAUUUAAUAACCAAUGAGUCAAUACUUAAGUUGAUAACUAUUAUAAUGUCAAACCAAAUUAUAUAGUUUUCAAUGUUAUUUUAUUUAAAUAAAAUUUGAACUAAAAACACUUAUAUAAUAUACAAUAUUUUUAUUUACAAAUUUAAAUAAAGUUUACUUCAAUUGUAGUAUUGUAUACCUAGGUACCAGUGAUUGAGAUGAUAAAAUAUUUAAGUAUUUCAAUUUGUAAUCCUGAAUUCAUCAAUUGAGAAAUAGUACUAGCACCCAGAUGAAAAUAUUAAAACAGCAAUUGUAAUUGUUUUAACUUUCAAAAAUGUAUUUUAUUUUAUUAGUCAUUUUAAUUUUACAUAAGUGAUAAAAUGGUUAAUUGUAUGACUAGGUAUUUAAUAAUUGAUUACUCAUGUAAUAAGAAAACAGUACCAAAUAAUAUAAUUUAGCUAAACAGAUUGUUUUGUAAAACUUUCAGAAAGCCAACAUUGUUAUAUGAAUACAUUAUUAUACGGAAAAAGAACUAAAGUAUUGGUUGAUUUAUUAAGAAAAAGAUGAUCUAGGUUAGUGGGGAUGGAUGCAACUACUGUUAUAGGUGAGAAGUUAGGAAGGUAGUAGAGGGGAAAUUUAAUGUAUAUCUGUAUGCAUAUUUUCUUCAAAAAUAUUUGUUAAAAAUUGUACCCAUUUUCCCAUUUAUUGGGUAAACUCCUGGAAAAAUCAAAAAAUGAUCUCCCUAAAGUACCUCCCUAGUCAUAUUUCACAUUUUAGAAAGUAGUAUCAUUGUAAAUAGGAGCAAAAUUGAUGAUAGAAGUUGUUUAUAGGAAAAAAAAAUAAACACCAUUGUAAAACCAAUACAUUACUCGCUCCACUCAGAGUCUAAAAUUAUAAUUUUAAUUUGUUACUUGGAUUAUUUAAAAAUUUGUAAAUAAUAAUAUGAAUUUUGCAAAUAAUAUAUAACUCCUCAACUAAGUCAACUAUAAGGAUGGACACCACGGGGAUAAAAGGUGUUAUAAACUUAUGCUGAGAAAUCCUAGAAAACACUCAUUACUAAAUGUAUCGCAAUAAUCAAAUAAUAGGGUAUUUAUUUAUUUAUACAGUAAGACAUUUUUCAAAUUCUGAAAGACCUAAUUUACUUAGUUAAUCUGUAGAAGGUUCCUUAUUAUACUAUUAUAUAUUAUUUAGUAUUAAAAUAAAUUAAUAAAUAAGUUAUAUAAUUUAAUAGUUUAAUUUAUUUAGUUUAGUUAGCAAAGAAUAAUACCUAUUAUAAUUAUGUUUGAGUUACACAUAAAAGUUAGAUAGUUAAAAAUGUACACUUGACUUGAUUAAAUUCUUUUGAAUAUUUCAUUUACACAAGUCAAAUUUCUUAAAUUGUAUGAUUGAUUUUCAUGGACUUUCACCGUGAUAUAAAGAAAAUAUAUAUUAUGGAUAUUAUAUAAUAUAAUUUAUAUAUAUUUAUGUAUAUAUACAAAAACCAAGUAAAAUCAAUAGCAUUACUUAAAUUACAUAUGAACUAAUUUGUAAACACAAAUGGCAAAUGAUUUAACAUAUUUUAUAUCAAACAAUUAAGUCCAUGAAAACAUAACCAAAAAAAAAAAACCAGUUAAAAAUUGUGCAAUAUUGAACUGCAUUAUAAACUGGUAUGAAUAAUGAACUUAUUUUUUAUUACAUUUACAUAGUACACAAAGAUCAGAUUUUCAUUGUCAAAUAUUGUGGUAUUCAAAUCAAUUAAAAGAAAAAAAUUGGUUUUCUAUAUUCUAUUAUUGUAGUAUAUAUUGUAAAUUCCUUGUUUUGUUAAUGACAAAUCUCUAUUAGAAAUGUUUCCAUUUUCAUUGUUCAUAAACUGAAACAAACAUAAUAAUAUUAAUUUUUAAGUAAAAUAUUAAAGUGUAAUAUUAUGAGCAAAGUUAGUCUGAUUUCAUCUAGGCAGUUAUUGACUGCCCACGCCCACGCCCCUGCCAAGAUGAAACAGAUAUCCCAAAAUUAAUGGCGCAAAUAAAAUCCUUUCAGUAUUGCAUAAAAAUGAUAAAAACUUUUCAAUUCAGACUAGAAGACACAUAACUAAAGUAGUAAGACAUAAAAAUAAUGAUGAAAGUUUCAACAUACUAAUGUUGUCAUAUAUAUGUAACAUAAAAAAACAAAUCGAGAUUUAUGAGAAUGAAAAAAAAAACUUAAUGGAAGGAACAUACCUACGGUUGGAUAUAGUGUUGGGCCGAUGUCGAUCUGCCAAUAGGAUAAGAAACCAAAGGCUGCGAGUUAGUUGGCUGCGGCAGGGGCGGCGGGCCGGAUCCAGAUACAACAGGUGGUAUCUGAAUCGGAGCCAUGGAGACGGUAGCUAUGGACACGGGAGUACCGGCCGCAGCCACCGCCGCCAAGCUGACUGGGACUGUGGUCACGGUACGUAUAGCGCUCACCAUUUGCUGGGUGCUGCGCAGGGGCGCUUGUUCAUUUAUGCGCAGCUGUGCGUUUUGCUCCAACAAGAAUUCAUUAGUCGCUUGCAGUUCCUCAUUGCGCUUUUUCAACUCGGCUACACGCUUGCGCAACAUUUCCACCUCGUCUUGCAACAGCCAAUAUGGCUGUUGGUGCGCAGGCCCGGGCGGCGCAGAAAAUUCCAUGUCGCGAUUGGGGAACGGGCGCCCUAGCGGCUGCAUUCUGUUGUCAAAUUCGUAGCGCCUACGCUUAGAGUCGGGUUCUUCGUCGAAAUCAUAGCGCCUGCGGAACAACUCAUUACCGAAGUUAGGUGGCAUCGCAGGCUGGGGUGUGUUAAAAGGACCGUUAGGGCCUCUAACAGGCACAUCGAGUGGUUGAUCUACAUGACGGAAUUUACAAUGAGCUUGGCUCCGAUGGCAAUUGCCUUUUAAAUAAUCUUUACAAAUGGGUAUGUCAUCGGAUGUAGGCGCGCCGCUUAUUUCUAUAGUUCUUAACACCUCGGGUGCCAUGUGUCCAGUCCGAUUAUAAUAUUCCUCAUCCUCACGAGAACAAUGAAUAAAUCGGCAGUCAUGUCUACUACACUUGCCAUUUUGAAAAUCAUGGCAAAAUACAUAUUUGCGCUUAUCCUCUUCUACUGGAGGGUGAAAAAAUUUGCAAGAUUUGCCUCUAUUGCAUACAUUGCGCAUGAAAUCACGACACACAUUGUCUGUUGUUUCUGAAUCCUGUUCCUUUUUCCCCUUCAUCCCUGCGAUUUUAGACUAUUAUUUA